CUCUCGGUGUGAUAAAACAAAAGUUAUGUCAAUCUCUCAAUUCGUUUAAAUAACUGAAAGUGUGCAAACGUUACUAAAAUACAAUAAAAAUUAAUAUAAUCAAUACGUGAACUAUGAGUGUUUCCUGCCAAAUUCAAUUGAACAAACCACCAGAAGAAACUUUUAGCUGUGGAGAAGUUAUUUCUGGAAUAAUUAAAUACUCACUCGAUGAACCAAUGGAAAUAGAAAGGAUAAUUGUCUCAUUAAAAGGUAUGGGUGAUCUGACACUAAUAAAAAAAUAUAAUAAAAAGGUUAACACGUACACAGCCGAAGAAAUAUAUGUUGAUUCUAAUGAAAUUGUUCAAGACAAGAGUUUAACAAAACCUGCUGGUAAUUAUGAAAUACCAUUCAGGUUUAAAUUGCCAGAGAAAAUACCAUCAUCAUUGAAAUAUGAGAAGAUACAUGAACUGUACUGUGUGGUAUGUAACAUUAAAUAUUACAUUCGAAUCAAAUUUGAUAAACCAGGAUUUUUUAACGAGACUAAACAUUUUCGCAAAAAAAUCACCGUAGUGUCAUCUAUAACGCCAAAAUUGUCAAUGGAACCGGUGAUGUAUGGUGAAAAAAGAAAGUUUUUUAUGAGUAAAAUUGGUACGGUUGCAAUAAAAGCAAAUAUUCUUAACUCUGUAAUCCCCAAUGGUGGUAAGAUCGAAAUAGAGUCAGAAAUUAUAAAUGAUUCAUAUGUCAAAGUGAAAGGUGUUGAAGUUAAAUUAAUGGAAGUGUAUACUCUUAAGCCUGAAGGACAUGGAGACAUCAAGUUUUAUGAUGAUGUAAUGAAUUGUGAGAGCAGAACUUCAUCUAUAAAAAGGGGAGCAACUAAAGUCAUACCCCUAGAUCUGACUGUUCCAACAGAUAUACUAUCUGUACAAAACUCUAAGCUAGUAUCGAGGGAUUACGUAGUUUCCAUAACAGCUCAGGUUCCGAUUCCUCUUAGAGAUGUCGUUUUAGAAAUACCUGUGCAGAUAGGAGAUUUCGAGGCAAUGGAAUGUCCAAAGGUGACCGAAACUCCUCCAGCGUAUUCUGAGGCAAUGAGCGAUAAGGAAAGCAGAGAUAUUGAAAUAUGAUGUCGCCAUGACUAAAGGGAGAAGUCCUAAAAAGGUAAUAAACAUGAUAUUGAUAUUAAUUUAAUUGGAUAAGUAACCCACCUUUGUAAGCUAAUAAAAUUUUAUUUUAAGUAUUAUUCUUAAGAGAUUCAGUAAGAUUCCAUUUGUCUGAACGACUACUCAAACAAACUUGUAUUUUUUGUAGACCAAGUAAGAUUUACAAUUCACUUCGUUCGGUGACAUAGUUACGUGUGUAUUUUCAACCUGAUUAAUAAAUAUUGUUAAUAGUGCGAAAGCUGGUUUCAUUAAUUAUAAAUUCCUAUAUCUUAUCUUAUGUAGUUGUUGGACAAGUUUG